GGAGGGCGUGGGCUCUCAUUGGUCAGACCGUUCUUACGUCACAGGAUCGACCUUUGAUUUAACCAAUCACCGACAAGAAGGUCUUGGCACGCCUUCUCCACCCCGCUCGGAAUGGGUGGGGCUAUGUGUCAAAAACAGCCAAUGGGCAGCCGGGAGACGGAGUCUCCCUGUGACUGCGGCGCGAUCUCUCCCGGGGCGCCUGAAGCGAGUGGAUUGCUACGUCCAUGGAGCGAGCGGAGGGCGCGAGAACUUGCUAAGGCCAUCAAGCCUAUCGACGGGAAGUCAGUCCAUCAAAUCUGUUCUGGGCAGGUGGUACUGAGUUUAAGCACUGCUGUGAAGGAGUUGGUAGAAAAUAGUGUGGAUGCUGGUGCCACUAGUAUUGAGCUCAGGCUUAAAGACUAUGGGGCGGAUCUCAUUGAAGUUUCAGACAAUGGAUGUGGGGUAGAAGAAGAAAACUUUGAAGGCCUAGCUCUGAAGCAUCACACCUCUAAGAUUCAAGAGUUUGCAGACCUCACGCAGGUUGAAACUUUUGGUUUUCGGGGGGAAGCUCUGAGCUCGCUAUGUGCACUGAGUGAUGUGACUAUUUCUACCUGCCACACAUCUGCAAGUGUUGGGACUCGACUGGUGUUUGACCACAAUGGGAAAAUCAUCCAGAAAACUCCCUACCCUCGACCCAAAGGAACAACAGUCUGCGUACAGCACUUAUUUUAUACACUGCCUGUGCGUCAUAAGGAAUUUCAAAGGAAUAUUAAAAAGGAAUAUGCCAGAAUGAUCCAGGUCUUACAGGCAUACUGUAUCAUUUCAUCAGGCGUCCGUGUAAGCUGCACCAAUCAGCUUGGACAAGGAAAACGGCAGCCUGUGGUAUGCACAAGCGGAAGCUCCAGCAUAAAGGAAAAUAUUGGCUCUGUGUUUGGGCAGAAGCAGAUGCUGAGCCUCAUUCCUUUUGUUCAGCUGCCCCCUAGUGACUCUGUUUGUGAAGAGUAUGGCCUGAGCUGUGUGGAUACUCUGCAUAGUCUGUUCUACAUUUCAGGCUUCAUCUCACACUGUACUCAUGGCGUUGGAAGAAGCUCAACAGACAGGCAGUUUUUCUUCAUCAAUCAGCGGCCUUGUGACCCAGUAAAGGUCUCUAGACUCGUAAAUGAAGUCUAUCACAUAUAUAAUCGGCAUCAGUAUCCCUUUGUUGUUCUUAACAUUUCUGUUGAUUCAGAAUGUGUUGAUAUAAAUGUGACUCCAGAUAAAAGGCAAAUUUUUCUACAAGAGGAGAAGCUUUUGUUGGCAGUUUUAAAGACCUCUUUGAUAGGAAUGUUUGACAGUGAUGAAAACAAAUUUAAUAUAAACCAACAACCACUGCUGGAUAUUGGAGGUAAUGUAAUAAAGAUGCGAGCAGCAGAAAUAGAAAAGCCUUUGCCAGGAAAGCAGGAUAAUUCCCCUUCAUUAAAGAUCACAGGAGAAGAGAAAAGGAUGGCAUCCAUCUCUAGGCUGAGAGAGGCGUUUUCUCUUCGUCACACCACAGACAUCAAGUCUCAAAGCCCAGAGACUCCUAAACCAAAACAGAAAACGGGGGUACUACCUUCUCGUCCUUUGGAUCUCAACUCUUCCAGAGGCCUGCAAGACUCCCAGGACAAAUUGGUGAGUGCCGAGGAGAGCCCUGGUGACUGUGUGGACAGAGUGAAAACAGAAAAGGAUUCAGGGAUCAGCAGUACCUCAGCUGGCUCUGAUGAAGGGUUCAGCACCCCAGAAAUGAGCAGUUGCUUCAGCAGUGACUGCACAGUGAGCUCCCCGGAAGACAGACUUACACAGGAAAACGUGGACCAUGGUAAGAAAUUACCUAAAUCAGAUUGCCAUCUUUCAGAUGCAGGAUGCCAUUUGAACCAAGAAGACAGUGGAUAUAAAUGUAGAGCUUUUCCUCCAUCAGCUGAUCUCUUAUCCUCAAACACUAAACGUUUCAAAAAAGAAGAAAGGUCUUUAAGUAUUGACAUUUCUCAAAAGUUGCUCAAUACUCAGAACACCUCAGCAACUCAGGUCGAUGUAGCUGUGAAAAUUUGUAAGAAAAUAGUGCCCCUUGACUUUUCUAUGAGUUCUUUAACUAAACGAAUGAAACAGUUACAACACCAAAAACAACAAAGUGAAAAUGAACGGAAAUUCAGGAAAUUUAGGGCCAAGAUUUGCCCUGGAGAAAACCAAGCAGCAGAAGAUGAACUCAGAAAAGAGAUAAGUAAAGCAAUGUUUGCAGAAAUGGAGAUCUUGGGUCAGUUUAACCUGGGAUUUAUAGUAACCAAAUUGAAGGAGGACCUCUUCCUGGUGGACCAGCAUGCUGCAGAUGAGAAGUACAACUUUGAGAUGCUGCAGCAGCACACUGUGCUCCAGGCACAGAGGCUCAUCACACCUCAAAGUCUGAACUUAACUGCUGUCAAUGAAGCUUUGCUGAUAGAAAAUCUGGAAAUAUUCAGAAAGAAUGGCUUUGAUUUUGUCAUUGAUGAAGAUGCUCCAGUCACUGAAAGGGCUAAACUGAUUUCUUUGCCAACUAGUAAAAACUGGACCUUUGGACCCCAAGAUAUAGAUGAGCUGAUCUUUAUGCUAAGUGACAGCCCUGGGGUCAUGUGCCGGCCCUCCAGAGUCAGGCAAAUGUUUGCUUCCCGAGCCUGUCGGAAGUCUGUGAUGAUUGGAACCGCUCUCAACACAAAUGAGAUGAAAAAGCUCAUCACCCACAUGGGUGAGAUGGACCAUCCCUGGAACUGUCCCCAUGGAAGGCCAACCAUGAGGCACAUUGCCAAUCUAGAUGUCCUUUCUCAGAACUGAUACUCGCCACUUGGAGGACAGAGUUUAUUGUAAAUUCUUCUGUUUUGAAAGAUGGGGUUUUAAGUAACCUUUUGGGGGGUGGUUGUUUAAAAAAUUAAUGUGCUGUGUAAAUGUACCAGCAGAGUGGUGGCAUGUAUCCCUAGCCCAGUUACUUGGAAGACUGAGGUGGUGGACUCCUUUGAGCCCACGAAUGAGACCAGCCUGGACUAUAUAAUGUGACUCCAUUUCAAAGAAAAAGACUUUGAAGCCUUUUUGCCCUGUGGAGCAUUGUCUGCAAUACUUUUUGUUAUAUAUUUGAGCACACGUGGUUUUGGUUUUGGUUUUUGUGUGCGUGUGUGUGUGUACACAGUCGAAGAUAAGUCUUGGAAGUCACCCAGGCCUCCACUCUGGCUGAAGGUAUUUUAGUCUGCAACUUUCAGCCCACAAAUAAUAUUUGAAUUCAUAUUUGUGUACUUUCUUGUUUUCUUUCUCUUCCCCAGGGUCUCAUGUAUCCCAGUUUGCUUUGAACUUGCUUAGGCAAGGUUGACCUUGAAUUGAUCUUCUUGCCUCCAUCUCCCAAAUUCUGAGAUUAGAGGUGUGCCUGCAGGCCCAACUUCCUUUAAUUUCACAAAUUAAAAAUGAUGGGCUUGUUGAGUUCGUGGUUCUCAAUCCUGAUGCAUAUUAAAUUAAAAAUAAAAUAGUAUUCUGUACCUGGUUGGAAGGGAA